AUGAACUGCAAGGAAGAACAGUCACUCAGGGAGGCUCUUCCAGGAAAGCUGCUGCUCCAGUUUACAGGUGCCUGGGUGUGGAUCCCUGACUGUGUCAAAGUCUGGAGGGUGGCAGAAAUAACCAGAGGCUACGAGGAAGGAGAUGCCAUUCUUCAUCUCCACCUGGAAGAUGGCUCGGCGCUGGCCUACCCCAUCGAGUUUCAGCUGCUGCCUCUCUGCAACCCUGACUGCCUCUCAGGUGCCGAUGACCUGGUGGCCCUGAGCUACCUGCAUGAGCCAGCUGUGCUGCACUUGCUCCACUGGUGCUUCCUGGAGGCCAAUGUCAUCUACACCUACUGCUGUAUUAUUCUUGUUGCUAUCAACCCCUACAAGUCAUUGCCCAUCUAUGAGGAAGAGGUGAUUUAUGCCUACAGCGGCUGUGAAAUAGGUGACAUGGAUCCCCACAUCUUUGCUUUGGCAGAGGAGGCAUACAAGCAGAUGGUGAGGUUUGGGAAGAAACAGUCCCUCAUCAUCAGUGGUGAGUCAGGUGCAGGGAAGACUGCAUCAGCCAAGUAUGCCGUGAGAUACUUCACCACUGUUGGGGGCUGCCUGGGUGACUCUAGCAUGGAGGAGAAGGUGCUGGCCUCCAGCCCUAUUAUGGAGGCCUUUGGGAACACAAAGACAACCAGGAAUGACAACAGUAGCUGCUUUGGGAAGUAUAUUGAGAUUGGCUUCAGCCAAGCGCAUGUCACAGGGGCCACCAUCAAAACCUACCUGCUGGAGAAGUCCCAUGUCACCUUCCAGGCGAAAGCAGAGAGAAACUACCACAUAUUCUACCAGCUCUGUGCCUCAGCCACCCUGCAUGAGCUCCAGGGCCUGGGUGGGGCAGAGUCCUUCCACUACACCUGCCAGGGCCAGUGCACUGCUGCCCAGAGCACCAAUGAUGCGGCCGACCUGGACAGCAUGCAGCAUGCCUUCUCGCUCCUGGGUGUCCCCGAGGCCAACCAGCUGGAGCUAUUCAGCAUCCUGGCUGCCAUACUUCACCUGGGCAACAUUGUGGUUGGAGGGAGGGACCACUGUGGGGAUGGCUGCUUCGUGGAGCCUGUCAAUGAAGCCCUAGGGCUGUUCUGCACAUUGCUGGGUGUUGAGGCAUUGCAGGUGACAUGCUGGCUCUGCCACCGCAAGCUGGUCACUGCCGGUGAGACCUACCUGAAGCCCCUCUCCAGGCAGCAGGCACUUGACUCCCGGGAUGCCCUGGCCAAGCACAUGUAUGGGCAGGUCUUCAGAUGGAUGGUGAGCAGGGUCAACUGUGUCCUGUGGUCACUGGAGGGUCACCGUACCUCCAUUGGCAUUCUGGACAUCUAUGGGUUUGAGAUGCUUGAGCUCAACAGCUUUGAGCAGUUCUGCAUCAACUAUGCCAAUGAGAAGCUGCAGCAGCUCUUCAACCUACACGUCUUCAGGCUGGAGCAGGAGUAUGUGACCGAGGAGAUCCCUUGGGUCUUCAUUAACUUCUGUGACAACCAGCCAUACAUUGAGCUCAUUGAGGGCCGGCUUGGCAUCCUGGACCUGCUGAAUGAGGCGUGCAAGGGGUGCUGGGAGCAGGCUGCUGUGGCCACCCAGAGCCCCCCUGCUGCCCCUUCUGACCUGUCUUCCUUUCAGAUGCCCCAAGGCAGUGAUGGAAGCUGGGCCCAGAAGCUUUACCAGACCCAUCUCAACUGCUCCCACUUCCAGAAGCCCAAGAGGCCCACGGAUGCUUUUGUUGUCUGCCACUUUGCUGGCAAGGUGGAACACCAGUGUGAUGGGUUUGUGGAGAAGAAUAGGGAUGCUGUCCCUGAGGAGCUGGUGGGGCUGCUGCAGGCCAGCAAGCUCUGCUCUGUGCAGUCUGCCCUGCUCGCUGAGGUCUUCCUGGAGGAAGGGGAUGGCCCCAUGUCCCUGCAGUCCCACAGGUCCAGUGCUCCUAGGAUAGCUGGUCACCCCAGCUGCAGAUUGCUACCUAGUAGCCAAAAGAGCAAGAAGUCUAUCUCCAGCCAGUUCAAAGCCUCCCUGAACAAGCUGAUGGAGAUGUUGAAUAGCACCACAGCACACUACAUCCGCUACAUCAAACCCAAUGAUGGCAGGCAGCCCUCUGUGUUUGACUCCGGGCAAGCAGUGGAGCAGCUACUAGCCUGUGGGGUCCUGGAGACCAUCUGGAUCAGUGCCUCAGGCUACCCCUCCAGGUGGACCUAGCAGGAGCUCUUAGAGAGGUACAGGGCUCUGGUGAGCAGAGAAGAGUUGAUGGGCACCAAUGAGAAGCAGAUCUGCAGCCUUGCCCUUGAGAGACUGCUUCAAAUAAGGGCUCUGCUUGGGGGGGUGCAGCUGCAGUACCAGAGUAUCCCUUGUGGAUGCUUUUCCCCAUGUGUGGGUGCCCAGUGGUGUACAGAAAUGGGUGAGAUGGGGAGGAACUCAGCCUCCAGAGAGGACCCCAGCAAGUACCAGUGUGGGAAGAGCAAGGUGUUUUUCCAGGCUGGCCAAGUGGCUUACCUGGAGGAGCUGCGGUACCGGUGGCUGAGGGCAGCCUGCAUCUUGCUGCAGAGGCACCUGCAGGGCUGGCUGGCAUGGAGGUGCUUUGGACGGGCAUGUGCCACAGCAGUCUGCCUGCAGCGCCAUGCCCAGGGCAUGUUGGCCCGGAGUGCUGCUACUGCCAGGUGCGGGCAUGCCAGGAAGCUGCAGCGGCUGCGUGUUGAGGCAUGCUCUGUCGAGCACUACAAGCAGCUGCACAAGGGCAUGGAGAUCAAAGUGAUACAGCUGCAGUGCAGGCUGGAUGAGCAGGCCCAGGAGAAGCAGCAGCUCAUGGAGCAGCUCUCAGGGCUGAACACUGCCCAUGCUGAGGAGGUGCAGCGCCUGCAGGCCGAGAUGAGCCUGGAGAAGGUGGCAGUGGAUGAUGACUUGAAGCAUGCAUAUGAUGCAGUACAGGGUGCCAACAGGCUGCUGCCAAGUCAGCUGUGGGAGGAGAAGCAGCAGCAUGAGGAGGAGGUAGAAGGGCUGCAUUUCAACAUCAGCUCACUCAAGCAGCUGAGCCAGCAGCAGGCAGCCCUGAUCCAGGACCUGCAGCGGCAUCAGGGGCAGGAAGGGCUGCAACACCAUGUCCUGCUGCUCAAGGAAGAGAACUGGGAACUGGCCCAGAAGCUGGAGAAGCAGGAGAGGACCACGCUGAAGUUCCAGAAGCAGCUGAGAGCCUAUGCAAAGCAGAUACAGGAGCUCACAGGGUUUAUUUCCAACCGCUGUAAGCACAGUGAUGACUUUGACAUGGUGGUGCUCUGGCUUGCCAACACCUGCCAGUUCCUGAACUGCCUGUGCCAGUACAGCCAGGAUGAGAGCUACUGGCAGGGGAACAUGGCGUGGCAGAAUGAGCAUCGCCUGCAGAACGUGGACCCUCAGAGCUCCUGCUGCAGCCUGGGUGCCCUGGAUGUCCAGCUCUACCAGCAGCUCAUCCGCACUGCUGAGAAGUGCCUCAAACCCAUGAUUGGUAUGGCCUGGGCUUGUGGGUUCCAGCCCAUACAGGGCUUGUCCUCUUCCUGCCCCCCUGGCCACCGCCGGUCCUUGUCAGCCCCUGCACACACCCUGCCUGAGUUGCUGCAGCAGCUGGGCUCCUUCUGUGCAGUGCUGGACUGCCAUGGGCUGGCUCCCAGUGUGGGGCACCAGGCCCUGUGCCAGCUCCUCUUCCUCAUCAGCGGCACCACCCUCAACUACCUGCUGCUGAGAAAGGACACGUGCUCCUGGAGCUGUGGCAUCCAGCUCAGGUACAACAUCAGCCAGCUGGAGCAGUGGCUGUGGGCAGAGGGACUGCAGCAGAGUGGGGCCCAUGAGGUGCUGGAGCCCCUGGUCCAGGCUGCCCAGCUGCUGCAGGUGAAGAAGGUGAUAGAGGAGGAUGCUGGAGCUCUUUGCAGCCUGUGCAUGGUGCUGUCACCCCAGCAGGUUGUGAAGAUCCUCCGGGCUUACACCCCAGCUGUUGGGCUAGAGGAGCACAUCAGCCCCAGCUUCAUCAGCAGUGUUGAGAAGCACCUGCAGGACCAGUAUGGAGGGGGGCCCAGCCAGCUCCUGGUGGACACCAGCCACCUCUUCCCUGUGCAUCUGCCCUUCAUCGCUUCCCCACUGCACCUGGAUGAGCUCUGCAUCCCUGAUGCCCUCAACUUGGCCCUCCUUGUCCACCCCUGAGCCCAGGUCUGUCCCUGGGCCACUACCAGUGCCCCAUUGAGGGGUGUCUGAACCCCCUGACAUGUGGGAAGGCCAUGAAGGCUAGGGGUGCAGCACUUACGUGUGCCAUUAUUCUGGGAAGUUGUUUGUUUAUUGAAACUCAGGUGCCUUGCUUGUGGUACAGCCAAAGCCCUUGGUAGUCCUGCACUGAGGGUUUUGGCCACUCUUUAAUCCCUUGAACUUAAUAAAAGUCUUUGCAGAUAA